CAAAAUAUAAGUGAGAGAGGAAGAGGGGAAGCAAGAGGAAGGUGAAAAUGAAAAAUAAAUCAACACGAAAAGGGGAAGAAGACUUGCUGAGAGUAUAUUUGAGGAGAGAUUUGAUCGGAUAACGAUGUUACGAUUCAGUCUCUUGCUUCUGCAGCUCUCCUGCUCGGCCCACUCACUGUUACUGGGAUGGGUUGAGUCUCCAGGGUAUCCCAGUGGCUAUCCACCUCAUUCUAGUCUAAACUGGAGUAGGUGUGCUCCCAAGGGUCAAACCCUCUCCAUCAGGCUCAUCCACCUGGAUAUGGAAGAAAGCCAAGACUGUGAAAAUGAUGGAAUAAAGGUCUUCUCAAAUGAAAACAUCAUUUCCGUUCUGUGUGGCCAAAGGAAAUAUGAGGAGCUUCAGACUACAGUAAAUCCUUUUCUCUUCUCCUCUCCGGGUGGCUGCCUCAGGCUUCUGUUCCACUCUGACUACUCCAACAUCAAGAGACACACUGGGUUCAAAGGGUUUUAUACCAUCCAAGACUUUGAUGAGUGUAAAGACGAUCCUAACACCCAAUGCUCCCACUUCUGUAACAACUUCAUCGGAGGAUACCGUUGCUCCUGUCGCCAUGGUUACCACCUUGCUGAGGACAAACAGACUUGCACGGUGAGCUGUACAGAGGAUCUUUCGGGGUUGACCAGAGGUGAAAUAUCCAGUACCUCCUGGCCUGGUGCCUACGCAGAGAAUUCCAACUGUCAGUACACCCUGUCCGUGCAGGAGGACCUCCAGCUGGAGCUGCACUUCUCUGAGGUUUUUGAUGUGGAACAGAGCUCUGAUGGCCAAUGCAUAGAUACACUGACGGUUGUAACUCACUCUGGGACCCUGGGGCCAUUCUGUGGCCAAACCCCUCCUCCACCUCCACUUCUCACUCAUUCACAUCACAUUCAUAUUCGUUUCACCUCAGAUGGAUUUGGCACCAACAAAGGUUUCAGUCUCCGCUUCAGGACCAGAGACAAGGUCUGUGGCCCAGUGGUGACCUCACACUCCUCUGUGACUCCUCAGAAUCCAGAAUAUAAUCGUGGCCAAACAGUGACAGUAAACUGUGAUGUUGGCUAUGUUGUGAAUACUGAAGGUACCAAGGAUCUAUCAUUACAGUAUGAAACGACCUGCCAAAGUACAGGUGUGUGGACUCCCAGUUACCCCUGUGAACCUUUGGAUUGUGGUUUGCCUCUGAUGAGAGAAGACAGCAUCCUUCAGCUGGUGGACUCAGCAGGACAAAAAACUCAAUAUAACAACGCAAUUCAGUUUGUCUGCAAUUCAGAGUACUACUCUCUGAAAGGAGAUGACACAUAUACAUGCAAUGCCAGUGGUAUAUGGGUAUCAGCGAGCGGCAUGGCAGAGAUACCAAAGUGCAUUGAAGUGUGUGGUACACCUUCAAAUGAGAUUUCACGUACAGGCAGAAUUUUAGGAGGUGAAAAAGCAGAACUGGGAGAAAUACCAUGGCAACUUCUUAUAAAAUCUCCAAACAGAGGAGGAGCAUCCCUUAUUAAUGACAGGUGGGCUGUCACAGCAGCUCAUGUUGUGGAUGGGAUUGAGGAAACUUCCUUGGAACUCUUUGGUAGAUUCGUGGCUUUAGCAGACACAAAUAAACCAGAUAGAUUUGUCAUCAAUAGUCGCAAGAUCAUAGUACAUCCCGGCUAUAGAAAGGGUAUUGCCAGCAAUGCUCAGACUAAUUUUGACAAUGACAUUGCUCUUGUAAGAUUCUCCUCCAGAGUGAAACUUGGCCCAAACCUACUUCCCAUUUGUCUGCCACAGGUAAACAUGGAUGUGUCGGUAAAUGAGCUAGGCACGGUGUCAGGCAUGGGGAUGACAGACUUUAACAACCAGUUACGAAUGAUAUCACUCUUCUUGAAAUAUGCACAUAUUACAGUAUUAUCCCAAGCUGAAUGUAGGAACACACCAAACAAAACCAUGACUUUUACUGAUAACAUGUUCUGUGCUGGAGCAUCAGGGAAGGACAGCUGCAGUGGGGACAGUGGAGGUCCUUUUUUUACGCCUAUGUUGUCUGCAGGUGCAGGGCCCUAUUAUCUGACAGGUAUUGUGUCCUGGGGAGCCCCCUGCAAGGAGGAGUCCAUAACUAGCCAAACUAACAAGGGUUAUUACACCAAGGUGGCAAAUUAUGUAGAAUGGAUUAAAGACACAAUUGAGAAAGAAGAACACGCUUAGAAAAAGAUGAGGAAGAAAGCGCUUUGCUAAUAAAAACAUUUAUUAACUCUGGCAGGAAUUAAUUCAUAUCUCUGUAAUGACUAUGCUCAUGAAACUAAAACUCUUGUAAUCAAAUGUGCUAAUAGUAAUAACCAAAUGAUAUUUUAACAUUUCAUGCAUUUUGACUAUACAGAUCACUUUGUGUUAAAGGAAAUUAUUGCAAAUCAUGUGCAGGCAACAGACUGAACACUUAAAUAAAAUAUGCAUUUCCUCUUCUGUGUUUACUGAACAAUUACAAACUAUGUCCAGAAUUAUUGUAAAGUGACGUAAAUACAGCAAGAAUCAAUAUAUUCAAUACUGUAACAAUAUAAUAAUAAAGAGUUUCACUAUUA